CAUCUAGUUUACCAUCUACAUGUGAGGCUCUAAUUGCCCUAUGAUGCAAGUAAAGAAUAAAAAAUCAAAGACUUCUUGAACGUGCCGCCCCGCUUAAAUAAUUCGCACUCUCUUUUUAGCACCCUCAAACCCGUUAGCCCAUACACAGUUUGCGCGGUGCCUUUAUAGAACAGAAGACCAUCACCGGAAUACCCAAGAUCCGAUCACCGGAAACUUGCUGACACCAUCUCCAGAAAUGUAUAACAAUGUGGGACCUCAGCCUGGGGUGCCAAGACCUCCGACCAACCCUCAGCCCACUCCAUUUGGGAAUGCCUUCUAUGGAGCUGGCUCGGGACUUAUUAAAGGUGGACUGGGUGCAUAUGGAGAGAAAAUUCUGGGAUCGAGUUCUGAGUAUGUGCAAAGCAAUAUAAGUAGAUACUUCUCUGAUCCACAAUACUAUUUCCAAGUGAAUGACCACUAUGUGAGGAACAAAUUGAAGGUUGUUCUUUUUCCUUUCCUGCACAGGGGACAUUGGACAAGGAUAACUGAGCCAGUUGGGGGAAGGCUUUCCUAUAAACCCCCAAUCUAUGAUAUAAAUGCACCAGACCUGUACAUUCCGUUCAUGGCAUUUGGUACCUAUGUUGUUCUUGCUGGCUUGUCAUUGGGACUUAAUGGAAAGUUUAGCCCAGAAGCUCUCAAUUGGCUGUUUGUCAAGGGAUUGCUUGGCUGGUUUAUGCAGGUUGCAUUGCUCAAAAUAAUACUCCUUUCAUUGGGUAGUGGGGAGGCACCCUUGUUAGACAUGGUUGCAUAUGCUGGGUAUACUUUCACAGGCAUGUGUUUUGCUGUACUUGGAAAGAUCUUACCUGGAUACUCUUACUACAUUUUGAUGCCAUGUACCUGCCUAUGUAUGGGAAUUUUCUUGGUGAAGACAAUGAAGAGAGUACUCUUUGCAGAGGUGAGGAGCUUUGAUUCGAGCCGGCACCAUUAUCUCUUGCUCCUCAUUGGUUUGGUUCAGUUCCCACUUUUUGCAUGGCUUGGAAAUGUUAGUGUUAAUUGGUUUCUCUAAACUGCAUUCUGUUAUGUAGUAGUUAGAAACAUGUAUUUGUAGAGUUACGGAAUAUCAGAAUUUUUUUGCUACAUUAGCUGAUUUACAGGCAAUUGUUUUGCUGAUAAGCAUGUGAAUCCACUUCGCUUUUCACCCACAUUGAAAACUGGGAAAGUUUAUGUUGUUUUAUGUGUUGAGAAA